AUGACCUCCCGUGACGCGUUUCCUACUGACCCUAUCUGGAAUCCAGAGACAAGCGACGGCGAGAUAAGCCUGCUCAAAGCUAUUCCGGGCCACCACUUUAUUCUAGGCCCAUUGGUUCGCAUCACCAACCUGCUUCCUUGCGAACUCACCUUCUUCUUCAAAGGGACCGGUAUCCGUGGCCGAGUUGGUCCCAGCCAAGAGGCCAGUGUGCAUCAGCUCGGUUCAGCUGAGAUUAUCACCUUUGGCAUCAUGAUUGAUGGGUUCCUGCAUUGCGACUGUCUAGAAAUACCACCAAAUACAUACUCUCAGACAAUGCUUAUGCAGCUGCUUGACACCUUUGGCCGUCCUUUGGAGCUGCAAGUCAGUGGAUAA